CUAGGCCUUUACUAUAGGAUACUCUGCGGCGUAUAGCAAGCCGCUCAGCUCACUGAGGUAAGUAACAAUGGCGGUGCCAUUGCUGUCCAAGAAGAUCGUGAAGAAGAGGGUCAAGAAGUUCAAGAGGCCACAGAGUGACCGCAAGAUUUCUGUCAAGACAAACUGGCGCAGACCAAAAGGUAUUGAUUCUAGAGUCCGAAGGAAGUUCAAGGGAUGUACUCUGAUGCCUAACAUUGGUUAUGGUUCGGACAAAAAGACUCGUCAUUAUCUUCCAAAUGGCUUCAAGAAAUUUGUUGUCCACAAUGUCAAAGAACUUGAACUGUUGAUGAUGCAUAACAGGACUUAUUGUGCUGAAAUUGCACAUGAUGUGUCUACAAGAAAGAGGAAAGAGAUUGUUGAGCGUGCUGCUCAGCUAGACGUUGUUGUGACAAACAAACUAGCGAGGUUACGAAGUCAGGAGGAUGAAUGAGCUUAACCUAGAAACUUUUGAUCUGUGUUAGGCCAUUCGUUAUUUGUUAUUCCAGAACAGGGCAGAUAAUAAACCCAAACAGCAUCUUCGAACGGUAUCUGCUAGAAAUUUUGACUUACGGGUACUAGGCUUGUUACUAUUCUGAACGGACGUCCUUCUGUUGGUUUCCAUACGUCAGCUUCAUGGUGCCACGGUCAGUGAAAGCCAUUCAAGCAGAAUUCUGAAGGCUUUCAGAGUGUUAUUAUAGCGGCGCAAAAGAGAGUUUCCUUUUACGUUGUUUGCCUUUGGUGAGAGAAUGCUGCCUUCCAGCCCAGCUGCCUUGGUGUUCAUAUCGUCAAUAGGACACGGCUACAGGCACUUAUCUUUCGAUUUAUUUGAUGGAAUUGCCCAUCUCCAGGUUUUACUUGGGAAGUUUGGUUUGUGCUCCGUAGUGGCAUUUUAUUUUUUGCUAUUACAAGGGAUAAGAGUAAUUCCUGGCUAUGAUAUGUAAGAGGAAUGAGUAUCACAGAAGCCAAAUUCAUCUAAGCCUUACAUCAUUAAUUGAAAUUAAAUCUUAUUUCAC